CCGGUAGAAAGAUGGUGUCGGUCAGGAUGCAGUCGUGUGUGUUGUCACUUUUAUUUCUGAACGUUUUCUACAGCGUCGUUUCCUCCUUGUACUUUCACAUCGGAGAGACCGAGAAGAAAUGUUUCAUAGAGGAAAUCCCGGACGAGACGAUGAUUAUUGGUAACUAUCGGACUCAGCUGUAUGACAAACAGAGAGAAGAGUACCUGCCGGCCACUCAGGGUCUGGGGAUGUUUGUGGAAGUUAAAGAUCCUGAUGACAAGGUGAUUCUGUCCCGGCAGUACGGCUCAGAGGGAAGAUUCACCUUCACAUCGCACACACCUGGAGAGCAUCAGAUCUGUUUGCACUCCAACUCCUCCAAGUUCGCCCUGUUCGCCGGAGGCAUGCUGAGGGUUCACCUGGACAUUCAGGUGGGCGAACACGCCAACAACUACGCCGAGAUCGCUGCCAAAGACAAACUGACGGAGCUGCAGCUCAGAGUCCGACAGCUGGUGGAGCAGGUCGACCAGAUCCAGAAGGAGCAGAACUACCAGAGGUACCGUGAGGAGCGUUUCCGUCAGACCAGUGAGAGCACCAACCAGCGGGUCCUCUGGUGGUCCAUCGUCCAGACCCUCAUCCUGGUGGCCAUCGGGAUCUGGCAGAUGAGACACCUCAAGAGCUUCUUCGAGGCCAAGAAACUGGUGUAACUUUUCUGCUGGGGGAGGGUGUGAGUCUGUGUGUGUGUCUGUGUGAGUGUGUGUGUUUGGUCUCUACUGAUAGAUGCAGUACUGAGCGGCGGCAGUCGCUGCUGUCCGAGGAAAAACUGCUGAGGAGACAGGAAGCAGAGAAAUCCUGCUGCACGAUUCGGCUUGAACGCAACACCUUUAGAUUAUUAUUAUUAUUCAUGUUGUCAUUGUUUUCCUCACCAGCCCUGUUUGUAAAGAGCCCCUCACGUUUGCAGUAGACUAUCAGGGAAAAUGUGACAUCUCUAUUUAUUACACAGUUUUCUUCCACAUGUUGACGCCAUAAAACUAAAAGUUCUGCAGCAAAUGAGCUAAAGCGUCGACGCCAACCAGGCAGACGUGCUUUUUAUUCAUUAGCCCCUCUUCUUCCUCGGUACUCACUGUGAUGAGUAUGUGAUGUGUUACUGACCACUAGAGAUGUUGUUCAGAGCAUGAAGAUACAACGUGAAAUAUCAGUGUGAAGCCUCUGAAUGACAGCAGAAAUAAUCAGGAUUCAUGUGGAAAAUAAACAGUUUUGGAAUCCGUUUUCUCGCAGGAAUAUUUGAAUCUGGAAGUUCUGAUUUUCUAGCAGAGUGAACGGAACCAAAAAUGACGACACUGAACUGUUGAUGUUGAGACGACGGCAGAAAACAGGCGCUUUAGAUUCUCCAAACUCUCUUUCAUUGUUGUUUUUGUUCAGUCUGCUGCACGUCCUGAAAUACUGCCCCCUCUGUUCAUGCGAGUAACUGCAUCUGCGGUGUUCAUUUCUGAAGGCGCACAAUGUGGAUGACAGCAGGAACACAGGAUUUAUCUGGUGUCCAUCAUGCACACAUCAGCUCGUAGUUUGAUGUCAGAACGUCAGAGCUUUUUUUUUUGCCUUCAGGUGUGAAACAUUGAAGCAGAUCGUUCAGACAUGUUUCUGACGUCUGUGCAGCUUUUCACUGGUUUAAAUACCUGCACAGGUGGAUGCUGCUAUGAUUGAACAGGAAGGAAGAAAAACCGGUUUCAUUUUGCACCUGCAGAACUUCAGGCCCACGUACGCUCCAAAAACAGAUGCUGUGUUAUUCUGCUUUGUGUGUCUGCGCACACGUUCACACGUUUUUCAGCACGUUUGAGCUGCAGCUGGUUCCUCACAGGUGUGGUCACAUGAUGAAGUCAUGUGAAGCCUUUCGCCUCAUCUGUGAGGUGAAUUAUUGAUCAACGUGUUCGUGGCGACGUCUGCUCGCUGCUUCCACGUGCAGUUUGUCUGAAAUUCAACCAAACGAGACUUUUUCUGUUCGUUACUGCGUGAGUGAAUCUACGUUUUUACUGUGUCCAAACUGAAUGUAUGUUUCUGUUGGUCUCAUUCUGGCUUAGUGUCGGUUUGCUGGUGGGGGUGUAGAAGGAAUAUUCUGAUCAUUAAAACUCCGCCAACGUGUUUGAAUCUGCUGAAUCUUCGUGGUUCUUCAGAAACAAACACGAACAUUCAGAGGAGACUUUUAGUUCCUGGAACUUUGUGAUGGAAAACAGCUUCAGAUCCUGAGGCGUCCAUUCAUUCUGUCAGAUGACAGCUCUCAGUAUCAGCAUCUGUUCGCCGGAGACGCCUCCCUGUGUACCUCUCUGUCUUCAUCAGUUUCAUAGUCAUCUUGAAGGAAACACCAUCGUUUGCUGUCUGUCCUGAUUUCAGCGACUAAAGUCUAAACUGUGACUGAAUGAAUCUGCUGAACUCAAACAUUGAUGUAGAAAUGUUCCAGCGCUGCGUCACCAUCAGCUCCUGACUGUGAUUGGAUGAUCUUUACCUUGAGGUUUUUUACUUCUCAGCUAAAAACACAAACGGUCGAGUAAAGUUCACUUUUGUCGUCAGAUUGGGACGGAACCAAAAACCACAAAUACCUGAGUCACUAAUAUUCAGCUUCCACGUGAUUCAGCUCAGUGAGAAACGUGAGUGAGAUGGUUUGAGUGAAAAUGUCCAGCAGCUGUCGGGUUUUAAAGAAGCUUUUGUCAAAGACGGCAGAUGCUCCACACCAUCACUCUCUUCCUGCUUUAAGGUUUUUACCUCUUCACCUGUUCGCAUUUAGUUCCUCUUUAUUCCUUCCGUACUUUCUGGUGGUUUGUGUUAAUCUUGUAUGUUGCUGGUAGAUUUCAGAGAUGUUUUCCGGGUUUACAGUUGAAAUCAGUUGGUUUAGGCGGGAAGAGGGGCUUGAAUUUAUUUUCUUUUUAGAGAGAUUCUGUCCAUGUGAAAUCUGUCUGAAAUUGCACUCGAAAUAAAGUUUUGUCACAUUUGG